GCGCUGGCGGUAGCGCGGAUCAACCGGCUGGUGGAGGACAUCUCGGCCCUCCACACCUCGUCCGACGACAGCUUCAGCCUCAGCUCUGGGGACCCUGGACAGGAAGCUCCGAGAGAGGGGCGUGCACAAUCCUGCUCCCCUUGCCGGGGGCCGGAGGGUGGGCGGCGGGAGGCCGGCAGCCGAGCUCACCCGCUGCUGCGGCUCAAGGCGGCCCACGCCAGCCUCUCCAACGACAGUCUUAACAGCGGUAGCACUAGCGACGGGCAUGGUCCCCGCGAGCACUCGAGGCCCAGCCAGCUGGCGGCGCUGGUGGAGCACCGAGAGGGUCCCUUGUGUGGCCAGGAGCGGCCGAGCCGGCUUGACCUCCACCUGCCCGGCAGCCAGGCUGAGCCAGCAGCCCGGCACAGCGUGGCCACCGAUGCCCAAGUGCGCACCAUCAAGCUGUCACCCACCUACCAACACGUGCCAUUGCUUGAGGGCACUGCGCCCCUGGCAGCUGGGGCCCGGAAACAGGCCUGGCUGCCCACAGAGGGCCUGAGCAAGGUCCCUGAGAAGCUGGUAGCCGAAGCCACACCUCUCUGCCUGUCCCGCUGCAGCUCCCUGUCCUCACUGUCCUCGGCCGGCCACCCGGGCCACAGUGAGGCUGGGGACCUGGACGACAGUGAUUCGUCCCUGGAGGGGCUGGAGGAGGCCGGCCCCCGAAAGGCAGAGCUGGACGGGGUCUGGCGAGGGCCAGGGACUGCCUCGCUGCCUAUGGCCAUCCCGGUGCCCCGGCAGGGUCGUGGGCUCGGGGUGGAGGACGCCACACCCUCAAGCUCAUCUGAGAACUGUGUGCAGGAGACACCGCUGGUGCUGAGCCGCUGCAGCUCCGUCAGCUCGCUGGGCAGCUUUGAGAGCCCGUCCAUCGCCAGCUCCAUCCCCAGUGACCCGUGCAGCGGGCUGGGCAGUGGCACGGUCAGCCCCAGUGAGCUGCCCGACAGCCCCGGACAGACCAUGCCGCCAAGCCGCAGCAAGACGCCGCCACUGGCCCUGGCACCGCCAGGCGAGCGGGAGGCCACCCAGUUCAGCCUGCAGUGGGAGAGCUAUGUGAAACGCUUCCUGGACAUCGCCGACUGCCGGGAGCGCUGCCGGCUGCCGUCCGAGCUGGACGCGGGCAGCGUGCGCUUCACGGUGGAGAAGCCGGAUGAGAACUUCUCCUGCGCCUCCAGCCUCAGCGCGCUGGCCCUGCAUGACCCGCGGCGUCACCAGCCCCGAACUGCGCGACCAGAGGAGCAGCCGACAGAGGUGCACCAGGAGCGUAGCGAGGAGGCGGCGGGCUCAGACCAUGCCUCAGACCUGGACAGCGUCGAGUGGCGAGCCAUCCAGGAGGGCGCCAAUUCCAUCGUCACGUGGCUGCACCAGGCGGCCGCGGCAGCCACCCGCGAAGCCUCGUCCGAAUCUGACUCCAUCCUGUCCUUCACGUCGGGGCUGUCAGUGGGCUCCACCCUGCAGCCCACCCUGCACAGAAAGGGGCGACGCCCAAGGGCAGAAGGCCAAGCAAGCAGUGCUGUGCGGCCAGAAAAACAGGACGUGGCCUUGGCCCAGCGCAGCGGUGGCCCGGAGAAGCCACGUGGCGCUCAGAAGACUGCGUCCAGGGUGCCAGCCGUGCUCAGGGGACGGACGGUUAUCUAUGUGCCCAGCCCAGCAUCCCGAGCUCAGCACAAAGGCCCCGGCCCCCGCACUGUGCCAAGAAAGAUGGGAGCCCCAAGCCCCGUGCAGCCAGCAGCUCCAGCCAAAGCCCCCGGCCCCGGGCAGCAGCGGUCUCGGAGCCUGCACCGGCCUGGCAAGACCUCGGAGGUGGCGGCACUGAGCCCCCCUCAGAGGAGCGCCACGCCACCCGCUCGCCUCGCCAAGACCCCGUCAUCGAGCUCCUCUCAGACCUCCCCUGCCUCCCAGCCUCUGCCCAGGAGGUCGCCCCCAGCCACCCAGGCUGGGGGGCCCCUGCCCGGCCCUGGGGCCGCUCCAGUGCCCAAGACCCCCGCACGGGCCCUGCUGGCAAAGCAGCACAAGACACAGAAGUCGCCGGUGAGGAUCCCCUUCAUGCAGAGGCCUGCCGGGCGGGGGCCGCCACCCCUGGCC